UUCUGCAAGCCUCCGGAGCGGACGUCAGCAGUCGGCUCCCUCGUUGACCGAAUCACCGACCUCUCUCCCCAGCUGUAUUUCCAAAAUGUCGCUUUCUAACAAGCUGACGCUGGACAAGCUGGACGUUAAAGGGAAGCGGGUCGUUAUGAGAGUCGACUUCAAUGUUCCUAUGAAGAACAACCAGAUAACAAACAACCAGAGGAUUAAGGCUGCUGUCCCAAGCAUCAAAUUCUGCUUGGACAAUGGAGCCAAGUCGGUAGUCCUUAUGAGCCACCUAGGCCGGCCUGAUGGUGUGCCCAUGCCUGACAAGUACUCCUUAGAGCCAGUUGCUGUAGAACUCAAAUCUCUGCUGGGCAAGGAUGUUCUGUUCUUGAAGGACUGUGUAGGCCCAGAAGUGGAGAAAGCCUGUGCCAACCCAGCUGCUGGGUCUGUCAUCCUGCUGGAGAACCUCCGCUUUCAUGUGGAGGAAGAAGGGAAGGGAAAAGAUGCUUCUGGGAACAAGGUUAAAGCCGAGCCAGCCAAAAUAGAAGCUUUCCGAGCUUCACUUUCCAAGCUAGGGGAUGUCUACGUCAAUGAUGCUUUUGGCACUGCUCACAGAGCCCACAGCUCCAUGGUAGGAGUCAAUCUGCCACAGAAGGCUGGUGGGUUUUUGAUGAAGAAGGAGCUGAACUACUUUGCAAAGGCCUUGGAGAGCCCAGAGCGACCCUUCCUGGCCAUCCUGGGCGGAGCUAAAGUUGCAGACAAGAUCCAGCUCAUCAAUAAUAUGCUGGACAAAGUCAAUGAGAUGAUUAUUGGUGGUGGAAUGGCUUUUACCUUCCUUAAGGUGCUCAACAACAUGGAGAUUGGCACUUCUCUGUUUGAUGAAGAGGGAGCCAAGAUUGUCAAAGACCUAAUGUCCAAAGCUGAGAAGAAUGGUGUGAAGAUUACCUUGCCUGUUGACUUUGUCACUGCUGACAAGUUUGAUGAGAAUGCCAAGACUGGCCAAGCCACUGUGGCUUCUGGCAUACCUGCUGGCUGGAUGGGCUUGGACUGUGGUCCUGAAAGCAGCAAGAAGUAUGCUGAGGCUGUCACUCGGGCUAAGCAGAUUGUGUGGAAUGGUCCUGUGGGGGUAUUUGAAUGGGAAGCUUUUGCCCGGGGAACCAAAGCUCUCAUGGAUGAGGUGGUGAAAGCCACUUCUAGGGGCUGCAUCACCAUCAUAGGUGGUGGAGACACUGCCACUUGCUGUGCCAAAUGGAACACGGAGGAUAAAGUCAGCCAUGUGAGCACUGGGGGUGGUGCCAGUUUGGAGCUCCUGGAAGGUAAAGUCCUUCCUGGGGUGGAUGCUCUCAGCAAUAUUUAGUACUUUCCUGCCUUUUAGUUCCUGUGCACAGCCCCUAAGUCAACUUAGCAUUUUCUGCAUCUCCACUUGGCAUUAGCUAAAACCUUCCAUGUCAAGAUUCAGCUAGUGGCCAAGAGAUGCAGUGCCAGGAACCCUUAAACAGUUGCACAGCAUCUCAGCUCAUCUUUACUGCACCCUGGAUUUGCCUACAUUCUUCAAGAUCCCAUUUGAAUUUCUUAGUGACUAAACCAUUGUGCAUUCUAGAGUGCAUAUAUUUAUAUUUUGCCUGUUAAAAAGAAAGUGAGCAGUGUUAGCUUAGUUCUCUUUUGAUGUAGGUUAUUAUGAUUAGCUUUGUCACUGUUUCACUACUCAGCAUGGAAACAAGAUGAAAUUCCAUUUGUAGGUAGUGAGACAAAAUUGAUGAUCCAUUAAGUAAACAAUAAAAGUGUCCAUUGAAACCGUGA